CCGCCGCUUUCCCCCGGCCCCCUUCGCGGUGAUUUUCCUGUCCGGGACGCCCGGAGAGGGCGCGCGGCUGGUGUCCGCCCAGCCGGAAAGGUAGGGGCUCGGCCGCGCUCCCACCUAGCCGGCCCGGGGAGCCGAGACGGGGAGCCCCACCAGCUCCCUCCGCAUUGCACCUUCCUCCGCGAACUCGGGGGCGGCCGCGGCCACCACGCAUCAGGCGCCAGCCGCCGAGCGGGAGGAGCUUCUCCGCGGCACCGGAGACGCUAGGCGCUUUCGCCGGAGAUCCGAACCCGGGCGCGGCGGGCAGCGCACGCGCCGGCGGACGCCUGGGACUCCGGGCUGCGCCGCGCCCUUCCCUGCUCCCCCGCCGGGUCCGAGGGAGACUGAAUCCCUCCCGCGCCGCCCCUUGAACCGCGCCACCUUCCUCCGGUUACCGCCGGCUGCGGGCUUCGGCGGCUCGAUGCUUCAGGCGCCGCGGGAGAGGCAGCAGCCGGCUGGAGCGAGCGGCGACGAGGGAGCCGAGAGCAGCGGGCCUCCGGCCCCGGAGCCCGGCACGCCUCUGCGGUCUUCGCGCCGGGGCCUCGGCGGGUAACUCUACCCCGCCCGCUUCGCUGCGGAAUCUUCGCAAAUGCUGUUUCCUCUGACUGGGAUGCUUUUCAUUUCUACCCUGAUUUCUUCUGGUUAACUCCUUCUCAGAGGAGUUCUCUGUGAAUUUUCUCAAAUUCCUCCGAGAAGCUCCCUGUCCUUCCCCACCUGGCACUUACAAGUGAAGAAGCAGCACGACCUUUUUGUCUUGGAUAAUUUCUAGUGGAGGGGCUCCAAGAAUUUAGCAGCAGCCUCCUGGGCCUCCGGCACCCUUACCACAUUCUACAUCCUCAGGGGACAGAGGGCCUUUGGGAACAGACCCCUAAAAGAGUAGGUUAUGCCAGACGCCCAUCAUUUUGGCCACUCUAACAGCCCAGAGAGGUUGGCUGUGUGCUCUCACUCCUGAACGUGUGAGAACAGUCAGGUUGGAAAAGGGGAGACUGAUCUACCUAAGGCCUCCCUCCAAGCUAGAAAUUAUGUGGAGUUGGGCCAUGAUUCCUGUCUUCUGAUUUCUAACCAGUGUUGACUCUUCACGGGGAUUAUGUCUGCUAAAUUAGAAGUGGGCCAGCCAUGAGAGGGUACCUUGUGGCCAUCUUCCUGAGUGCUGUCUUCCUCUAUUAUGUGCUGCAUUGUAUAUUGUGGGGAACAAAUGCCUAUGGGGUGCCACCUGUGGAAAUGAAGAAGAGAAAUAAGAUCCAGCCUUGUUUAUCAAAGCCAGCUUUUGCCUCUCUCCUGAGGUUUCAUCAGUUUCACCCUUUUCUGUGUGCAGCUGAUUUUAAAAAUACUGCUUCCUUCUAUGGUAGCGAUAAGUUUGAUUUGCCCUAUGGGAUAAGAACAUCAGCCGAAUACUUUCGACUUGCUCUUUCAAAACUGCAGAGUUGUGAUCUCUUUGAUGAGUUUGACAAUGUGCCAUGUAAAAAAUGUGUGGUGGUUGGUAAUGGUGGAGUUUUGAAGAAUAAGACGUUAGGAGAAAAAAUUGACUCCUAUGAUGUAAUAAUAAGAAUGAAUAAUGGUCCUAUUUUAGGACAUGAAGAGGAAGUUGGGAGAAGGACUACCUUCCGACUUUUUUAUCCAGAAUCUGUUUUUUCAGAUCCCAAUCACAAUGAUCCUAAUACUACGGUGAUUCUCACUGUUUUUAAGCCGCUUGAUUUAAAGUGGCUGUGGGAAUUGUUGACAGGUGGCAAAAUAAACACUAAUGGUUUUUGGAAGAAACCAGCAUUAAAUCUGAUCUAUAAACCGUAUCAAAUCAGAAUAUUAGAUCCUUUCAUUAUCAGAACAGCAACUUAUGAACUGCUUCAUUUCCCAAAAGUGUUUCCCAAAAAUCAGAAACCCAAACACCCAACAACAGGAAUUAUUGCCAUUACGUUGGCAUUUCACAUAUGUCAUGAAGUUCACCUUGCUGGUUUUAAGUACAACUUUUCUGACCUCAAGAGUCCUUUACACUACUUUGGGAAUGCCACCAUGUCUUUGAUGAAUAAGAAUGCGUAUCACAAUGUGACUGCAGAGCAGCUCUUUUUGAAGGACAUUAUAGAAAAAAACUUUGUAAUCGACUUGACUCAAGAUUGACCCUACAGACUCCGAAGAUGAUGCGAACAGUAUUAGUUUUAUUUUUACACUGCAAUUUUUAGUUUAUUUUUAAAUAUGUUGGAUGUACUUGUCAAGAAAUUAUAUUAAGUCUAUUGCUGCCUGGUGCUUCAUAACCACCAGCUUAAUUUCUGUGAAUAUAUUUAAUUUAUGGAAACCAAGACAUGCUAAGCUAUCAGGGAGAGUGAAUUUUUCAUUGCAUUGUUUUAAAAAUAAGCUAGUUUUCUGAGGUGUUUUUAAGCAUCUUUUUAUAGUUACUUCAUCUUAGACUUCUGAAGGGAUGUGACUUCCUAAUAAGUAAGGGGAUUUAGUUUACCACAGCAGAUUUUGAAUGUAACGUGACAUUCUGAGAGGUUUAUCUGCCUCCUGUAAAUUGGUGGGGAGCUGGCAUGCAGCGGUGCCUUGAAUGUGGCAUACUGGAACCACCUCAGGCCUCUGUAGCUCUCUCUGGAUGAUUGGUUCCUUUUUGUUCUACCUGAGGAACCUGGCUGGAAUCUUAAACCAGACCCUAAGCAUGGAUGAUUAGGGAAACCUAAGAUCAUACUGGCUUAAUUAAGCAUUUUUUUCCUACAGUUAGUUAAGUUAAACCAUGAUUAUGAUGAGUAGUUUGGUAGAAUGAAGAUGUUCUUUAAGUCGAAAGAAAUAGGAUAAAUAUGAAACUCUGGAUAAGUAAAUAACCAAAGAAAGAAUGCAAUUCCUAAAAUCUGGUGACUGCAUUAUUUUAAAGAAAUAAAGUUUAUACAAAGAAGCUGAACUAGGCAAGCUCAAGAAGGAGAAAAUUCUUAAAACAUUUUUUGCCUGGUUUAAUUUAUUCAUUAAAAUUUCAAAGUUUAUUGGAAGUAAAUUUUAGGAAAGACAUGAAUGAGUAAACCUUUAAGAAGAGUCAAGCUUUUUCUGGAUUUAAAUGUCAUUUUCAUGAAAAACCAAUUGUCCACAUGAUUAAAUCGCAUCUUCAAAUGGAAAGCUUACCUAGGGUGCACCAGAGAAGACUGUUGUGGGAUGCAAACAAACAAGCCAGUUGGACAAAAGUCGUGAGCUAGUCGUCUCCCUUUUCAUUUUAAUGUCUGACUAUAACCAAAGGCUAUGGGGAGGGAGGGGGACAAGGGGUGAAGAGAACAGUGGAGGUUAUAAGGCUGGAAUCAAGAGCUGUCAGAAGAGGUAGGAGUGGAAAGAACUGGCAUCUCUUGAACAAUAAUUAUCACUGGGAGACAAUGAUAAUUAUCACUAACUAGCCUGCAUCUCUAAAGAGAGUGUAUAAAUACUAUUAGAUCAGAAACAGAAAUAAGUGACUGACAUACUUGAAAGUGGUGUAAGGGGGACAAAACUAGUAGCUGAAUUAACCCAGACCUAGGCAAUAAAUAUGGACUCUGUUCUGUUAAUCCCAGCAUA